AUGGGAUCGGAAAACUAUGGUUUAAGGAGACGCUCCAUGACAAUUGCGUUGCAAGCUAAACGAAAAUUAGGUUUUGUUACAGGCACUUGCCAGAAGGAUCAAUUCAGUGAUGAAUUGCAUGAAGAUUGGGAAACCUGCAAUGCAAUCGUAUUAUCAUGGAUCAUGAACACCGUCUCUCCUUCUCUCCUCAGUGGAAUUGUGUAUUCAUCUAAUUCUCAUCUCGUCUGGGAAGACCUCAAAGAGCGAUUUGACAAAGUGAACAGAGUUUGGAUUUUUCAAUUGCACAGGGAAAUUGCUACACUAUCGCAGGGAACUGAUUCUAUUGUUGUAUAUUUCACCAAAUUGAGGGAGCUCUGGGCUGAGUACGAUGCCUUAGUUCCUACACCUGGAUGUGAUUGUGUAAAAUCGAGGGAAUACAUAGAGCAUUUGCAGAGGCAAAGGUUACUCCAAUUUCUUAGCGGUUUGAAUGAAUCGUAUGAACAGGUACGUCGUCAAUUGUUGUUGAAAACCAUAGAGCCUUCCUUAAACCAAGCUUAUGCCAUGCUUAGUGAAGAUGAGAGUCAGAGAUCUAGUCCAUUCCCAGCGUUACCAGGUAAGGGAGAACCACUGGCUAUGCAGUUCAAUAGAAAUCCUGCCUAUAAAGGAAAAAAACCAUUUAUCAGAUGUGAUUAUUAUGGUAAAGGUGGCCAUGUUCAAGGCGAUUGUUAUUGGUUGGUAGGGCGUCCUGGUCAGUCUGAUGACUCAAAGAAGAGCUUCACUGAUGAAGUUAGGAAGAAGCAAUAUCCUCCAAAUGUUGAUAAAAAACCUUACCCCCAACAAUUUGAUAAGAAGCCAUUUAAUCCGCGUUUUGAUAAGCAACGUAAUUUCUCAGCUAACAAUGUUACGAAUGAUCAUCGAAGAUCUGAAGUUGAUGAAUAUACAGGGUCUAGUAAAGGUGCAUCUGUAGAUGACCAAUACAAGUAUCUCCAGCAAUCAUAUGGGAGGAAUGGACCUAAGUUCUCUGAUGAGCAGUACAGACAGAUGCAAGAGCUCUUGAAUGAGAGAAAUGAUCAUUUUUCUGAUCAUCACAUCAACUUAGCAGGUACUGUUACUUCUUUGCUAACUGAAUUUGGAUCUCCAACUUGGAUCAUAGAUUCCGGAGCUACUCAUCAUAUAGCAUCUUCAAUCCAUAUGUUGCAAGAUGUAGUUGAACUUUCCCGAUCUAGUAAUGAGCCGGUUCAUAUGCCAAAUAGAGGGAUUGCUGAUAUAACUCACAUAGGUUCUGCAGAUGUUUUAGCAGAUUUGAGAGUGGAUAAUGAUCUUUACAAUGGCAGGGUGAGGGGGAUUGGUAAAGAAGUGGGAGGUCUUUACAUUGUCAAGCAAAUUUUCAAGGAUACAUGUUUCAUUAAUGGUGCACUAAGACCAUCAUUGUCAGCAGACCAGUCAAGAGCUACUGAGUUGUGGCAUCAAAGACUAGGUCAUCCUUCUUUACAUGCUAUGCACAAGCUUGGUUUAGUUCACCAGAAUUCCUCAGAUAUUAUUGCAACUGCAGAUUGUCCUAUUUGCACUACAAGAAAAACAGCCUCUAAGGAAGGGAAAUAUGGUCCCUGA